AUGGAACGUGGAUUCGAGACGAACAUACGACGACUACAACGCACCACAUUCCAUGAAGAAGACCUGUCCUCUACCGGCUAUGUCAUUAGCGAGCACAUGUCGUCACCUGAAUUCGAGCUCAACCACAAGUAAGUCUGAAAGUGUUAAGUAAGCCUAACAUAACAUAAUGCAAGAGAUGUUGUUAUACUUAUUGUUUUUCAGCUUAAAAUUUGAUGAAAAUAGCUUAUUUUGUAAAGAUAUUUAAAAAUAGUAACAUAGUAUAAUCUCUGGCCAUCGUUUCAGACCAUCCCCGAUACGAAUAAACUCUGGCUACAGUAGUGACACGAGUGACAUCGAAUACCUCCCAGAUCUUAACAUGCAUUAUGCAGAAACAGAGAUACAUCCGACAGAAGACCUAAUAAAAGCACAAGACGAAGGUCUAUUUCAGUCCCUAAGGCAUCAAAGUCAUUACUUUUCAAACGUUGACCUUUUCCAACAACAAGAUCUCGACUUCAACUACUUAAAAUACGCUAAAGCUGGCGAUAUACCAACAGCACCUAUUACGUACGUAACAAACAAAACUGCAAACGUUUAAACAUACUAUAUUAUUUGAAAAAUUUAAAAUUUUCACACCAAAUUUAAUAAAAAACCUUAUUUAGAAGCCCACACUUAAGAAUAAUGAAUUUAUGUUUUGAUCUCGACUCUCGAAGCACUUUCGACAAGAUUAUGUUACGAUCAGCCGAACUACAACGUGUUGUAUCUCACAUUACUUUCGAAUUGUUCGCCGGUGACAUGAUGGCACUUCUUUACACGUCAGGUAAUAUAAUACGCCACCAAACAGUAAAAUCUUUGUCAACACCAUACAACUGCAGAUUCACUAAUUGUUACCUAAAAACUGCAAUUUCCGACGAAUUCUCUGACUUAUUACCUAAAACACCGCAUUAUACCCUUUUAAUACACAAAAUAAGUAUUAGAUUAAAAAUCGUUUAACUUAAACGACGUAUAGCCAAAAUGCAACUUCAGAAUCAGAAAUCGAGACGUUCACAAGAGUUUUAUCACAAACAAACUGUCCUCAAGGUCGAACGCUGGGAAUUUUUGAAUUAAACGGCCACAAACUGAAACCAAAGCAAUUUGGAGAAAGAGUAGCUCAUAUAAUGGCAGACAACAUCAACAGUAAACUGACACUAGUAGAACAUCUUCACAAUUACUCUAAACUUGUGAAGCCAGCUACAAGUAGCUUCAAGACGGAGGACAUGGUGAGUUACCACCUAUUUACAUAAAAUUGGCAAGAAAACGACCUUUACAUUACUAAAUUAUGACCUUCUUGCAAAACAGAUUUAUUUCGACUUUAUUAUUGCAAAAAUUUAAAAUUUAUUACCUAAAUUUUCAAAUUUUUGUAGAUUUGAAAAACGGCUUUUUGCCAAAAAAGAUUAUUUCAACUUACAUUUAUCCAGAAAACAUCUAGCUGAAUUCCAGAUAGAACAGCUCAUCCAGGACCUUGCUUUAGUCCCCUUCAAAGGUCAACUGGUCGAAAACCUUGGCAGAAAUGAAAUCAGUCGACUUAAAAUAGCAUCAGCCAUGUUAUUAGACACAGGUAAAGUUAUACCAUAAUUUUACAUUAUCUAUUCCUAUUUUAUUUCGAAAUAUCAGUAAUUUGUUUUGAUUUGACGUCUCUGUGUUUCGACGGAAUUAAAAUAUUGAUUGAACAAAAUGUUGUUUUUGACACUUUGUUACAAAGAAAAGGCGACUUUAUUUUGUGACGACUUUAGGUAUGUAGUUGUAAAAAUAGCAAAUUCCAUUGUUUUAGACAUACUAAUAUGCGAGAAUGUAUUAAAAGACAUGGACUUGUACGAUCUGGCGUUUGUUAUCAAUUUUAUCAGAGAUUGGGCCCAAAAGAAGAAAAAGAUUGUUAUUAUAGCCUUGAAUCCUCCUACCGUCGAGAUACUGUAUAUGUUUGGGAAAGGUAAACUUUAAAACUCAUUAGUUAUACCUUGUGGAAUUUUUUUAAUUGUACUCGUAUUUUUAAAAUGAAUACUACGUAAGAAUCUUGAACAUGUAAAUAUUAUAUCAGGUUUAGAAGUAUGAAAUUGCAUUUGUCUUGUUCUAUAUAUAGGUGAGUGUUUUACUUGGUAUUUCAUUUUAUUUUAGUUGCUUUGAUGACCUGCGGUCGCAUAGUGUAUAUGGGUGAAAGUGGAGGUAUGUGUGAUUACUUUGAGAGCAUUGGCUAUGCUUCUCCACCGUUUAAGAAUCCUUGUGAUUACUACGGUAUGUUUUAAAAUCUUUUAUUUUUUAAAUAAUAUGUAACAUUUAUGUAACACACUAGUACCAUCUUCACUGACAUAUUCUUAACCGUAAUGUUGUUGUAGUGGAUUUGGUGACUCACGAUGUUCUAAACAAUGAAUCUGCCAAAGAAUCCAUGAUUCGGAUUCGAACCUUGACAGAAGUUUGGGGUCACAAGAUGGGGUCUCUGAACUCACCCAAAAACAGUAUCAUAUCACCGAAAAUGCAUCAUUCUGAUGUUGUCACAAAGACUCUGCUUGUUUACAAGUAGGUUUAGGUAUCAUUUAUAUUCUGAGAGUUUGGUUAUAGAAUUUUUUUUUUUAAAAUAAUUUGCAUCUUUUUAAAAUUGUUGUUUAGAUGCCUGUGGCAGAAAGCUUUGAACCACCCGAUCUCGGUCUGUUGGGAAGUGAUAGUGAACUUGUUGUUGUCAUUGUUUGUUGGCUGGUUGUUUUUCCAAAUACCACUAGAUCGACGGUCUGGUAUCAACGACAGACAAGGCUUUUUAUGUACAGUAAUGUUGUUAAUACAGUAUCCUCUCAGUUUGAUCAGUACUCGGUCAUGUAAGUUUAUAACAUAUAUUAAGGUAACUAUCAUAUUACUUUAGCUUUUUUUUGUUACUAAAAUGCAUAUAUAUUUUAUACUUUAUACUUAUACGGAAUAUGAUACCUACACAGUAUACCUAUAAUUUAUUUUUAGUGUUACAAGACUAUAGUUCGGUAGAAAAAGACCUGUUACUAUGUAAAUAUUCUCGUCACAACUAUCUCACCUCAAAACUUUUGUUUGAUUUUCCGUUUAUCGUCGUAUCUUCGGUCGCUUACUCUAUGCCAAUGUACACCUUGGUUAAUCAGAACCCGUCUGUAGAGUCAGACUUGUCAUCUUUGUUCAGUUUCUCUACAGUAAUCUUGGUCAACAUGCUAUUGUUUAGGUACUUGGCAUGGGUUUUUGUUUUUGUCAGCGACAAAUUGAUGUACAAUGUUUUAUUGCACUGUAAGUAACAUGAGUAAUAUAUGUUAUUGCGGGUUUUUGUGUAAACAAGAUAACUUUUAUACUGUUUUUGAUUUUGUUGUAUUAUUUAAAUGUCAUUUUUCUACAUUAUUAUAAGGUAAAAUACAAUUAUAUUACACAUAUUGUUUCUAGGUACCUUCUUUAUGACGAUUGUGACCUUUUCUGGAUUCACGGUGCAUCCAGAAGAUCAAUUCUUGGCGAUAUUACAGUUUUACAACCCUGUAAAGCUGCUUGCAUCAGAUCUGCUGCGACUGUCGUUCCUCGGAAAGUCUAAUACAAGUAGAAUGUUAAGUGUAAUAUUCGAGUCGGCCAGUAAGAACAAUACCCAGUUGGUCAUUGAUUGCCACAAAAAGAAGGUCCUGGCCACAAAAUUGAAACAGGUACUGUAGUUUAACUAAUAGUUUACACCAAAAGUUACAGUAAAUUUUAUUUUCAAACUAAGAUACAUUUAAACGUUACAGUACAGGACUUAAAAACAUACUUGGCUUCAAUGUUACAGUAACCUCGAUUUCAGAUCCCGAUCUACACCGUGACCCAAUGUCUGAAGACUUCUGGAGCCGAAGCCUUUCUCUUCAGCGGAUUCAGUUUGUAUUCGAACGACGCCAGGAAUCUUGCUCUGUUUCUUACUGUAUCUUUUGUCCUCAUUUUUGUACUUUUAAUUUUGAUUUUUCAUUACAAGAGAGAGAAACGAUAAAACCUUUAUUUUCAAUUCAUUGUUUUCCAUUGUAAUACCCAGCGACCGGUCGAUUAUGACGAAAAAGAAGAAGGAAAUCGAGAUGGACGAUCUCAUCCCGACAAAGCCUACUGCCAAUAUUACUAGUAAGUCAGAAAUAGUAUUUAUUCUAACUAUUGAGUAAAUAUCAUAGUACUAUAUUUCACUUUAUACUAUGGUAAUAUAUGUAAGUUAAAGUUCAAUGCUAAUACGUUUGCAUCGGUCAAGAAAUAAUAGUUCAAAUUCCUUUUUCAUUAAUAUUUUGUAUCGUUGGUCCCAAAUGUUACCCAAAAAACUAUUUUUAGGCUCGAUGAGGGCUGAGAAGGUACCAGAACAGUUCGAGAACACCAAAUCAGCCCCAAAAGAAUCGCCAGAAAAGGGAAAGGCCAAAGCACCACCCAAGAAGAAAUCUCCCCCUCUGGUGAAGUUAACUCCCAAGAACGAAGUGAUCGAGUUCCCGGUUAACAUCGUGAACACCAUCUCUCAGAGCUCGGGUACUAUAUCCUACGAUUCUUUCAAGGAACUGAAGCCAGAGAUUUUGGAGUCAUUGAAGGGUACUGCCCAGAAGGUAGGUUAAUGUCAACAAAUUUGACAAAAAAUAAAGAACUAUAACUACCACACAAGCGGUAUAAGUUUACUUUUAGACACCCCAAACCGAGCCACCCCCAAUCUAUGGUGUAGAUGUCCAAAUCAAAGGAACAGACGCUAUUCCAUCCGUAGACAUGAUCGAUGACGUCACUUUCAACCGGUCGAUCAGACAAGACAACCCUUUGCCAGGUUUUGAGCCCUUCCCCAUCCAAAUCGACCACCAAGGAAAGCGAGAGAAUCAAUUUGCAAAAGAAAUAGUGGCAGAGGUGAUGAGGAGCUACAUUGAGUCUGGCAGGGACAGACUGGAGCUGGUGGUCAACUUCUCGCCCGGCAAUAACUAUCCUGUCUUGAAUAUGACUUUCCAGAGGAAAUAA